UAACACACACACACACACAGACCUGGUCUGGUUAUGUAGAUAGAGAACAGUUGGCCAACUCUGAGGUAAAUACAGGUAAACAGUGGCCAGGCAGGCAACAGAUAUAUACUGAGGAAAGGUGAUACUGCUGUUAUACCGUAAUACAGAAGUAUAUUGGCUGAAUGCUGAAUCCUGACAUACUGAACUAACAUUUAAUCAAGACACCGACACCCAUACAGUUAAGUGCUGAACCAUUAUUGAUACUCCAUCUCCAACUGCCGUUACUCGGGAAGUGUUGAAACAAUUAUUUACUUGUUCGCCAAAAGAGGAAAUUCCACAAAGCUUCAGCUCAAGACUGAUGCAUGUGUGAAGCAUGAGAAAGCGGAGGGCUUACAUAGCCGACAGAUGUAUGACUGGAAUGGAUUUUAAGGUGAAAAUUCCAGGAUAAAACAAGCCACAUAACUUUCAUGUUGUAUAUAAUAUGAAGAAAAAUAAUGAAAUCUCUGAAUUAUUCCUACUAUUAAAAUUAGAAAAACAAAACUGGAUUGUUCUCGGUGGUGUGGUAAACAGUGGAUUACGAUGGAUUACAAAGUGUGUCAAAACGUCUGUGACAGAAAUGAUGCUGCCUGUUGUCUUCCAAGAAUGUACUGAAGGUUGCCAGUAGACCAAAGCUAUUCACAGAGAGCAGAUACCAUUCCAGAUGUGAAGUGAAUAAUGGUGCGUACAUGUGUAUCAGGGAGGAAUCCUUUAUACUUUUUAACUUUCUUUUUCAAUGGAUACAAUAUUCAGCUUGGAAAUAUAUUCUUUUGGAUGAGUUUUAAACUUUGAAAACAAAAGAAAAACAAAGGAUUGUUAGGCAAAUUCUGGAAUCUACAAUGACAAAAUGUAUAAUAAUGUGUGGAUGAUACAUAAAUCCAUUAAGAUUUAUUGAAGUGUUCAGUGGAUGUAACAUUCUACUUGGAAAUAUUCUGGAUGAUCAUUUCAAACUGUAGAUUGUUUAUGUCACUCUGGAAUCGACAGUAAUCACACACAAAAUUCUUCUCACAUGAAAUAUUAUAAAAUGAAUAUAAAUCACAAAGCAAGUGUACUCAGUUGAAUUUUCAGGAUGUUAGGUAGAUCAGAAUUCUGAAGAAAAUUAUGGAGACAGCUAAAUAUAUAGACGUAGGACCAAGUUCUUUUACCUUACAAAAAAGACCACUUCUUAUCCUCAGUUUGGCAAUAUGAUAAUGACAAUUUAAGAAAAUAAAAUCAUCUUAAAAAACCCUCCUCUUGACAUCAAUGUGACAAUUUGGUCAAGACAACAACAAAAAUCAUCAAAAAAAAAUUCUUCUUAACCUCAGUGUGAACAUACAAUAUAAUAAUGACAACAACAACAACAACAAAAAUAAUUUUAACAUAAAAAUGCUGAUGAUAUGAAAAAACUUCCUUGAACUACAAUGUGGUACAUAACACCUAACUUUGUAAGAACCAAAUAACAAUGAACCCUACUUAUACCACAUGUACACCCUUCGUAUUAACUAAAUAACAAUGAACCCUACUUAUACCACAUGUACACCCUUCGUAUUAACUAAAUAACAAUGAACGCUACUUAUACCACAUGUACACCCUUCGUAUUAACUAAAUAACAAUGAACGCUACUUACACCACAUCUACACCCUUCGUAUUAAUUAAAUAACAAUGAACGCUACUUACACCACCUCUACACCCUUUGUAUGAACUAAAUAACAAUGAACGCUACUUACACCACCUCUACAGCCUUCAGUACGGCAGUGAGUCAAGAACAGAUUGUAACAUCGCUUGUGAUUGGCUCGUUGUUGCUCACCCUGGUGGUGAUGAACGUGGUCAUGUUUGUGAUAUACCGGAUCGCUCUCAGAUCUCACAAAACCCGACCUGCAAGACGACACGUCAGCAAUGUUCUACUGCUCCAAGUCAACCCAGCAGCAUCGGCUCUCGUCACGCGCAACAGCACCAUCGACUACGGACACAGCUUUAAUGAGGUGUAUCGCAAACUCGACCCCGAUCACAGAAAAUCCAGUAUGAACUCUGACAGCCAUGAGCUCAUACUGACAACACAGGAACCAGAUUGGAGCUUGAAGAAUCAGAAAUUGUAUUUGUCCAAUGAAAAUAUGCCAGUUAAAUGUGAUUUGGUUGGUAGAAUUGGUUCAUCUGAUACAAUCAACCAAUCAGUUUCAUCAAUAGAGGUGAAAGUUGAAAUUGAAAUUCAAGGUACAGCUGGUGAUUUAUCAGUGAAAAGACAACAUACUUCAGAAAGUUUGCGCGGAGGCCAAGGAACAGACAGUGUUUCGGUAAUGGAUGAGAAACAUGUUUCAAGAAGUAUGAGUGAAAUUCAAAUGACAGACAAUGUCUCAUUAGUCAAAGAUGGUAAUACUUCAGAAAGUGUUGGCCAAACUCAAAGAAAAAACAGUGUUUCAUUAAAAGAAGACAGACAUAUUUCUGAAAGAAAACAUAGCGUUUCAUCAAAAGACAAAAAUACUCCUGGAAGUGCUUCUCAAAGUGAUAGAAAAGACAGUGUUUCGUCAAUAAAAGACAGACACAUUUCAGGAAGUGUUAGUGAAUCAGACUUCGAUAAUGAUUCGACAAAUGAUUUACAGUUCAUUGAUGACAUGCGCAACAUGUGUGACGAUGCUCUGAAUGAAGGGAGGAAAACACAACAUCCUGCUGCUGAGUUCCAGAAUGAUGUUUUCGAACUGACGGACUCACGGAUACUGUCUGAUAUGCAGCAUGUGAAAGAUAUUGAACUGUGAUCUCAGAAUUUUACACACAGAUAUUAUGAGAAAUAUUAAUAGGUAUCUGACAGAGUUAUGGUGUAUGAUGUUUUGACAUUAUAAACAGUUUGAACAAUUUCCAUUGGAGUCAUGUACCCAGUUAGGUUUGAUCAUGAAUAACUUAUAGUAAAUACUGUAUUUACUGAAACAUGCAACAUGUGAAAGACACUGCAUUGUGAUCUCAGAAUUUUACACACUGAUAUUAUGACAAAUAUUAAUACAUGUAGGUACAUGUAUCUGACAGAGUUAUGUUCUGUGAUUUUAAAUAUUUUGAACCAUUUCCCUUAGAGAUACACAGGUUUGAUCAUGAAUAACAUAAGGUAAUUUUAAUACUAAAUUGCAAUUAAGAAUACAACAUGCACCUACAAAAUACAGACUCAGCUCAGUGGUAAAGCACAUUGCUGCUAAUCAAAAAGAGUAGUCCAUGAAAUGGCAGGAGGUUUCUUCUCUUAUUAUCUGUGUGGUGGUGCUCAAUAUGUGUGAGGCCAUAUAACAGUUAAACUAUAGAUAAAAAUGUGUCGAAUGCAUCAUUAAAUAAAACAUUUCUUUCUUUCUUUUUUCCUUUUCAACUGAAUAGCAUGCAGUGUAACAGAACAUGAAAGAUGGUUUGUUAGAUGUCCACAAUGAAUGAAUGGAUAAACAUACAAAAAGAUUAUUACAUAUUUAACUAGCUGGUCACCGUGGGUGUAUUUUGUUGAGUUGGGUGGCUAGCCAUGUUUUAUUAAGGUAAAAUAUAUAUAUACAUGUAUAUCGGGUUUAAGACACAAAAAUUAAAAUGAAUUUUUUUUUUUAAUUGGUGGAUGUUGUCAAAACAAUUAUGAUAAUCUGAACAACAAAACCAUAAUACAAUAAUCAGGGCCAUAUAUAUAUAUAUAUAUAUCUGGGUAUUUGUUAAAAUAGUGGAUGUUUCCAUGAAUUUCAUCUAUAGGACGUAACCCAGUGGUACAUCGCUCAUUCGAUGUGCGAUCGGUGUGGGAUCGAUCCCCGUGGGUGGACCCAUCGAGUUAUUUCUCAUUCCAGCCAGUGCACCACGACUGGUAUAUCAAAGG